UCACCCGUUCACUCAAAAAGACUCUCGCCGCACAAAAAGGAGAAAGAAGAAGAGGGGUUACAACCCGAAUAAACCCAGAACAGAGAAAUUACUCAGCUCCUCCGUGUGCUUCUCUCUCAGACUAUCUAAUGGCGGCCGAAAAUAAACCUCGUUCUAACAACGAUGGUAACGCCAAGAAGAGGAAGCAACGUUACCUUCCUCACAACAAAGCUGUGAAAAAGGGUUCUUAUCCGUUACACCCAGGAGUUCAGGGUUUCUUCCUCACUUGUGAUGGUGGAAGGGAACGACAAGCUAGUCAGGAAGCUAUUAAUGUCGUUGAUACUUUUUAUGAGGAGCUAGUUGAUGAAGAUGUUGUGGAUAAAAAGUGUGCUGUAGAAUCCAUUAAGCCUGCAAACAAAAUAAUCAAGUUUGCUGAUACUGAUUCUUCUAGUGAUGAUGAUGAUGAUGAUGAUGAUGGCAAUGACAGUAAGUCAGAAAAACCUGAAGAGGAGGAUGCCAAUAAUGAUAAUCAAACAAGUGAUGACAACUCCUCCGCGAAAAAACCGCGCCUCGAAACAGAUGAAGUAAAAGCUGAAGAAUUAGUGGCUGAUGACACUGAGAAGAAAUCAAUUGAUGUCGCACCGUGUGAAAACAUAGCCAAGGAGAAACUAGUUGAAGCCGCACCGAAAUGCGAAAAUCUAGUUUCUAAUAAAACUGAGGAGAAAUCGAUUGAUCAGCUAAUUGAAGCUGAGAUCAAGGAGAUGGGAGACCGAAGCAAGAGGCGCUUUGUCAGCCUCGACACAGGAUGUAAUGGUUGUAUCUUUGUGCAAAUGCUCAAAAGAGAUGUAGGCCCUGGACCUGCAGAGAUUGUUCAGUACAUGAUGACAUCACUUGCAUCUUCAAGGAAACAUAUGUCAAGAUUCAUAUUGAGAGUUUUACCAGUUGAAGUGACAUGCUAUGCUUCUGAAGAGGAGAUUUCAAAAGCGAUUAAGCCUCUUAUUUCCAAGUACUUUCCAGUUGAAGCUACUGCACUGAAGUUUGCAGUACAAUAUGGGGCCCGUGCAAAUACUGGUAUAGACAGGAUGAAAAUAAUCAAUGCGGUUGCGAAAUCAGUUCCCGAGCCUCAUAAAGUUGAUCUUAGCAAUCCAGAUAAGACCAUUAUAGUUGAAAUCUGCAAGACACUGUGUUGUAUCGGGGUGGUUGAAAAGUACAAGGAGUUAUCGAAGUACAACCUGCGACAGCUCACAUGCCCGAAACCAUAAUUUAAUCUCAUUGAAAUUUAGCUUGUGAUCCAGUGAGUAUUGAGUUAGAGCUGACAAUAUUCAGUUUCACGUUUUAAUGUGUGUUAGUCCAGACUCUAGAUUAGUUGCAGAUAUAUAGACUUCUAGAUAGAAAAUUCAUAGAGUAAUAUAACAAAAAAUGAGAGUGGUCUCUAGACAAGAGAUGUUUUCUCUUUUUUUUCGUUGCAAAACAUAUGUAAUAUUUCAGGGGCUGUUUUCUGAACCUAUUAAAAUACUUUUCCCCCCCAAUUUGCUUUGACUUUAAUUUAAAUAUCUCACCACCAA